AAGUGCUACUCUUAUCUUUUCAGUGUAAGCAUUGAAAUAAUCUUUAAUUACUUCAGCAUAUGUUAAUUAUUCUCUAUGAUUGAGGUCAUUCCUGUCAUCAAAUUUCCUAAAUUCCAACAUCGAGAAAGGGAUCCCUUUCUCAGUCGGAAAGCUUUUCGUAAUCACGAGGUUGAGUACAUGACAGAAUGAGUUAUUCGUUAAUAAACUUUUCUUCCGUAUGUGGAAAGAGGUUGAGACUGUUACAACUGGAACCCCUACCUCACAAUCAAGAAGCGAGCUCAAAGAAAUCACUGGUUUAUACUAGCUCGUAAUCAGGAUAUUGGAUAUUGGAACUGAGGGAAUGGACGUAUGUACACGUUAGGCUUUUGGGCAGUUAUGAGCAGAUAUGGUCCAGACAAGACCUCAUAACAUUUUGCCCUUCAUUCAAUGGAGGACCAACUACUUUUCGAAAAUCUGGAUGAAAAAUUAGAGGAUGAAAAUGGAUUUGUCACUGCCAAUUGGUUGUCAAUCACUUUCGACUUAAAUAUAAAUGAUUCGAGACGUCUUAUGACCUCAUACAUUCAGGCCCGUGACAACUUAUCAUCUGUUUAUCUGUUAACUGGAAUCAGUUCACAAGGCGAUAUUUUAGUAAAACUUGUCAACUCAGAACAACUUUCACUGGCUGAAAAGUCUUUCUCAUCUGCACCAAAACGUGUUGUGUAUAGCAUACAACGCCAAAAGUGCAAGGAUUCUUUGUCAUUAGCAUGCUGUAAUUUGUUGCAUGAUAUCUCUGAAAGUCAGUUAAAAAGAAUAAUCAGUAUCCCGUGGGAACCAAGUAUUAAGUCUUCUCGUACUCCAUUUUCAUGUCGUCAAAACCAGGAAAUCACCCAGGAGAUUAUACCAAAGGCUGUAGCAAAAUCUGGUGUCCCCACAAUUCCGAAACUUUCUACGACUGGACGUGAUGAAAAAAUUAAAACAUCGGACUUCAAAAACUUUUUCACUAAAGCAGAGAAACCUGUUCAACAAGUUAACACAGUUCAAAAGGAUGUAAAGCCAAAUAACAAGAUUGAAGUAAUAUCCAAACCAGUAAAAGUCGAGAAACCGAAAGAACUUGUAGUCAUAGAAGAAGAUGAGGAGGAGGAGUUUGGUGCGAAAAAUACACUUUCAGCACAGAAACGAAAACGUGUUGUCAUUGAAUCCGAAGAUGAGGAAGAAAAUGUGGAAAAUGAGAAUCGUAAAUAUGCUGGCUCAGUUAAUUCAAAAGCUAAUUCACAACGUGAUGAUCAGUCCACAAAGAAAAAACAAAAUCCUAGUAAUAAGGAUAAAGGUAAAGUGUUGGUAUCUGAUUCGGAGACAGAUUCGUUUAUUGUUGAGUCUGUAAAGCUAGAAAAAUCACCCAAGAAAAUGAAAAAGAUAGAUGUGGAGAAAGUUCCAUCACACUCGGUGAAUAAGCCUGAAGUAAAUUUGAAAAGUUCACAAAAGCCUACUGAAGCAGCUCGUCCAAAUCGUAUUCGCCAUCAAGUAAUGAAAACAUUUGCAGAUGAAGAUGGCUUUAUGGUUACAGAGAAGGGUUGGGAAAGUGCUUCAGAUGAUGAGACUUCCAAACCAGUAGCAACGCCCAACGUUGAUUCAGCCAAAGACCAGAAAAGUCAACCGAAUUUGCCGUUGAAAACUGACAAUUCCACUUCACUAACUGCAUCUCCUAUUAUCAAACAAGAUAAACCGAUUAAACAGGCGAACAAAAAGAAUACAAACAUCAAACCGGCAGUAAAACAAGCCUCAUUGUCUUCUUUUUUCAAAUCCAACAAUACAACAUAGUUGUUUUGAGAUUAUUAUUUUUUUCAUUGUUGAAUAUUAUACCACUGUAAUGCUGUCAAUAUAAGUUAUCCCUGUAU